AUGGCUAACGUGGAUUACACAAGAUCGCUGCCCUUGGACCGAGAACGACAGAGUUCUUACAACUUCGUCGUAGUAGCAACGGACAGCGGGAAGUACAACGCCAGGAGUACAAGCAUUCUCGUCGAGAUUCGAGUGAGCGACGUGAACGACAACGCUCCUGUUUUCGAGGAAUACCCUUUCCGUGCACGCGUGUCCAUCGGCACACAGCCUGAGAAAAAUAUCCUGCGAGUGGUAGCGACCGACGCCGACGAAGGGCUCAACGGAGAGAUCGUUUACUCUUUUCUUCACGAGCAAGAGAAACCGAAAUUCAGGAUACACCCGAGUACAGGCGCCGUCACCGCGGCGUUGUCCUUGUCGCAGGAUAACGGGAAGACGUAUCAUCUGGAAGUUUUGGCGAGGGACAAGGGUAACCCGCCGAGGAGCACGCGGGGUUUGAUCGAGUUGCAAGUCGGAGAUCUCGCAGAUUUGGCACCCGUGUUGAAAUUCCAAAAUGAUUCGUACACAGUCGUCGUUCAGGAAAAUUCUCCCGCUAACACCGAGCUGAUUCAGUUAUCGGCGGUUCGAUCGGACGGCAGGAGGCAACACGUUUCGUAUUCCAUCGCGUCAGGAAACGAAUUCGGUACUUUCGCCAUCGACGAAGACACCGGUCUGUUACGCGUCAACGAUCCGUCGAGAUUAGACGCGGAACUGUGGACCGACAUGAGGGUGAAACCCGUGGAGGAGCAGGGCGAGGACGGACGCACGAAUUCGUGGGGGAGAUCAUUGGAAGGAACUAAAGAAGAACCUAGAGACAGUUCCAGGCACGUGCUCGCGGUGACUGCCAGGACCAGUGGACCGGAUCCUUUGGAAACUUACGUGAAAGUCGUCGUCAAGGUUUCGGACGUAAACGACAAUCCACCAGUUUUUACUCAGACUCAAUACUCGGCGACGGUACUAGAAGGCAACGUCAAAGGAGACUUCGUCGUUAAGCUUUCGGCGAGCGACGCGGAUCAAGGGAUGAACAGUAGGAUCUUGUACCACAUCGUCGACGGAAAUCCGGACAACGCGUUCACGAUAAGUCUACCGUACAGCGGGAUAGUUCGAACGAACAUAGUCCUCGACCGGGAAAUUCGAGAAAAGUACAGGCUAACGAUAAUCGCGACGGAUCAGGGCAAUCCUCAACUGACAGGGACGGCUGCUCUCAGCAUUCGAGUGAUAGACGUGAACGAUAAUCAACCAACGUUUCCAGAGCACAGUAUCAUCUCCGUCUCCGAAGGUACAGCUGUUGGCACUGUGCUGACGACCAUGACGGCGAACGACGUGGAUACCUCGCCGACUCUCACCUAUCGAUUCAGUAACGUGACCAGCCCAGGACCAUUCAGCAUCGACAGAUACGGAGGGAAGGUCGUUUUGCGAGGAAGUUUGGACGCCGAAACGCAGUCCGAGUACAAUCUGCAGGUGAUCGCCAGCGACGGUAUUCAUGAGGCAACCACAGAUUUGAUCGUCCGUGUCAAAGAUCUGAAUGACAACGUGCCACGGUUCCAGCAAUCCGCUUACAUCGCUACUCUCCCUGAAGGGAGAGGAGAGCUGCAGGAAAUUCUGACGGUGAACGCGACCGACGACGAUCUCACGGAGGACAACAGUCGAGUACGAUACUAUCUGUUGAAAGCCACCAAAGGUUUCUCGGUACAUCCCGUGACGGGUGUUCUGACGGUUAAUCGUACCGCGAUACCCAGGCCUCUGCCCAAAGAGGUGGAGCUGGCCAUCGUGGCGGAAGAUUACGGCAAACCACCGGCGUCGUCCGUAUGCUCCGUAGUCGUGCGACUUAGCAGCCUAAAGAGCGCACAGCCCGGGAAGGAGUACAAGAUCGUGGUUAAGGAGAAUGCGUUGAAGGGAACCACUCUGAUGCGAUUGUCGGACGUGGAUCUUCUGAACGGUGCCAUCGUUGCCGGCGAUGACAGCGGAACGUUCGAAGUCUCGAGGGGCAAACUGAUUCUGUCUAAAAUGCUCGACAGGGAGACGAAGGACAGAUACGUUUUGAGACUGGGUUCGAAGAAUGAAAACAUGACGACGGGAUCGUUGGUCGGCGACGAACCCGUCACAGUGAUCAUCACGGUAGAAGACGUGAACGACAACUAUCCCCGAUUCUCGGAAGACCUUCACCAAGUAUCGAUCAAAGAGAACGCGGUGCGUGGGACAACGGUGGCGACUUUGCACGCCAAGGAUGACGACCUAGUCGGAAGCCCAGCCGCGAGCCUGGUUUACGAGAUCACGUCCGGAAACGACGCCGGCCUCUUCAGGGUGGAUAGGACUACCGGCGCUGUGCUGGUGAACGCGACCUUAGACUGCGACCUCGAGCCGGAUAUUCAUCAGUUGGUGAUCAUGGCGUGCGACAGCGACGCGGUUUCUCCUCUAUGCGCCGUCACCAAGCUUCAAAUUCAGUUGGAAGACGUGAACGAUAAUUCUCCGAAGUUCCCCGUCUCGGAAUACCUUGAGUUUGUUGGAGAAAAUGAACCGAUUGGAACGACUGUGUUCUCGGCACGUGCCUCGGAUUUGGACCGCGGUAUCUUCGGCUCAUUGAACUAUUCGAUCGUAUCUGCUGCCGCGACGGGAUUCUCCGACAUCGACGACAGUUGGAAGCUGUUUGCAGUGGACGGAAAGUCCGGAACGGUGACUACACGUGCGGUCUUCGAUUACGAAUUGAGAAACAGAUACGCGUUUACUCUGCGGGCGACCGAUACCGGUGGACGAACGGCAGCUGUCAGAGUUCGCGUGGAGAUCGAGUCCAGAGAUGAAUUCUAUCCACAGUUCACGGAGAGAAUGUAUAGAUUCGGAAUCAAGAGCGGAACACAGGUGCUUCCUGGUACGGUGAUCGGCCACGUAACCGCGACGGACAGAGACAAAGGGCCCGACGGUCGAGUCGUUUACCAGUUAACUUCUCAACAUCCUUAUUUCAAGCUGAACCGUACCACGGGCGCGUUGAUCGUGAAGCAAAAAUUGAUACACGUCGAUAUGGACGUGGAGGAAUCGUCGAGAUUGGUAGUUAGCGCGAGUUCCGGUAGACAGGGUUCCUUGUCGAAUAUGACGGUGGUAGAGAUCACUUUGACGGACGAUAACGAUAUCAACGAAGCCCGUGGCGUCACUGCUUUGGCCAACCCGACGAACGUAGGCUCGAACAUGGCCGUUGCAGCAACGGGAGGUUUGGCCGACUGGGCGUUAGGCUUGUUGAUCGCUCUACUGUUACUAGUCGUCGCGUUCGGAGCAAUCUUCUUGUAUCUUCACAUUCGAAACCGGAGGCACAAGAAACCUGGCACGAAACCAGGACUAAACGGAGAGAGCAACGCCACUGCGUCGAACAGCUACGUGGACCCGAGUGCCUUCGACACUAUUCCCAUCAGAAGCGUGACCGGAGUUGGCGCCGCGGGGAACGGGGGCUCCGGAAACGGAAACGGGACCGGAGGUACGGCUUCGUGCCAAUUUGCGCCGCCGAAAUACGAUGAGAUUCCGCCGUACGGUACUUCCGGUCAGUCCGGACAGCAACAGGCCACUUCGGAACUGUCUGGUAGUGAUCAGUCUGGCUCGUCUGGCAGAGGAUCGGCCGAGGACGACGGAGAAGACGAAGAGAUUCGAAUGAUCAACGAGGGUCAGCAGACCGGAGACUCGGCCAGCGAUUUGUCGGUGCACAAUACUCAGGAAUAUUUAGCCAGGCUAGGCAUCGUGGAUCCUCCGGCCGGUACACCGAGGAGACCACCGGAGGCUCUGCCUCUCGACAGUUUACACCUGUUCGAGGACGAGGCUGCCACCGAAGCAGACAUCGCGACUUUGAUUUACGGAAAGAUCGGUGAAUCCGGGAGACCGAUGUCCGGAUUGGAAGUGCCCGGUGGUCCGUCGAUGAACGGUUCGUUGAGUUCGAUAGUUCACAGCGAGGAGGAGCUCACGGGUUCGUAUAAUUGGGACUAUUUACUCGACUGGGGUCCGCAUUAUCAGCCGCUGGCUCACGUGUUCAGCGAGAUCGCGAGGCUGAAGGACGACGCGGCCAGCGUUCAAAGCGGAAACUCCGGGAGCAGCGGCAAGACCAAGUCUGUACAUAAAGCUCCGCCACCGCCGUUGCUCACUUCCGUUGCUCCCAGAUCGUUAGCUGCCCCCGCGUUAGCCAGAGGCAUACUUCCCCGGUCCCCGAUCAGUCACGACGCUUCUACCUUCCCAUCCGCGGCCUUAAGUCCAAGUUUUUCACCGUCCUUGUCACCUCUCGCGACCAGGAGUCCCAGUAUCAGUCCUUUGGUGCCACCCACCACGCAAAGGUCCAGUCAAAGUGCCAAUAGGGGUAUUCCAGUUACCGACGCCGAGCUGAGGAUUUAAGACCCGCCCGACGACGAUACCUCGAUACAUUCUCGCGAUUCGGUCAGGUAUUAGUAUUAAUCUCGCGGUGUUCCGAGCGAUAAAUAAAUAGACUGUGUGAUACCAGUGUGUGCAGUGUGUUGUAUAAAAUAGAGACUCUUAAGUUGACUGAUCUUCGACGGGAUUCUCGAAGGUGCCAAUCAAUUUUAUCUCGUGAUAGGCAAACGCCUUAUUUAGUUUUAGAAUCGGAGCGAACGUUCUUCUUCCGUUUUGUAGAUAAUCUCGCAGGAAUCCUAACGCACGGCGCGUCUAUGAUGAAGAGCAGACGUUUGAACUCGAUAGCUGAAUAAAAUACUCGUGGUUUGUCUUCGUGUAAAUAGGGUACGAGAUAAGUAAUCGUGUACAUAAUACUCUUGCGUAAUUAUAAAAUAACGACGACGUGUUAUAAUCAAAAGAUAGACUGCACUGAUUCGAUGUUCGUCAUGCCAUGCGCGCGGGAGAUGUACAGUGACGGGGUUGAUAGUGUGGCGGACGUGAACGGACUGAUCGUUUUAAUUAAUUAAUUGAUUAAUUAUUCGCGGACACGCGACUUCGAAAUCUCUUCUCACUCCGCCUUUCGAAUGUAAUUUCGAUGUAACGAAAGGCUCAGCCAGGUACAUACCUAUACAUAAAUUAGGAAAUAGAUAUGUCAUAUUUUGUAUAAAUAAAAGACGCUCUUUGUACAAAGACUCCCCUGUGAGCCAGGGAUUCGCUGCACGGCGAAUCUUAAA